GCGGAACCCCAGUCGCUCGCCCCACCGGCGCGAUGGGCUCCGAGGUGGCGCAGGUGCUAGAAGCUGCGGACUUCGCGGCUCACAAGCACCGACGCAGGGCGGAUGGACCCCGAGGGACCCCCUACAUCAACCACCCGAUCGGUGUGGCUCGGAUCCUGACCCACGAGGCGGGAAUCACUGACAUUGCGGUGUUACAGGCGGCCCUGCUCCAUGACACGGUGGAGGACACGGACACCACCCUCGAUGAGCUGGAGCUGCACUUCGGGGCGCAGGUGCGGCGGCUGGUGGAGGAGGUGACGGAUGACAAGACGCUGCCGAAGCUGGAGAGGAAGAGGCUGCAGGUGGAGCACGCGCCCCACAGCAGCCCGGGGCCCAAGCUGGUGAAGCUGGCGGACAAGCUGUACAACCUGAGGGACCUGAAUCGCUACACCCCAGAGGGGUGGUCGGAGCACCGGGUGCAGGAAUACUUCGAGUGGGCGGCGCAGGUGGUGAAAGGGCUGCAGGGCACCAGCCGGCCGCUGGAAGAGGCGCUGCAGCAGCUGUUCAAGGAGCGGGGGCUGGCGCUGUGAGCGGAGCCUGGAUCCCGGAGCCGGCCGGCGGCACAGCUUCCAGCCCUGCCCGGGCCAGAGGGGACUCAUUCUCCAGCCUUCGGGCGCCUCUCCACCCUCCGUGGUUCACUCCGCCCAGCGGCCCAGAGCGUUUGCCCUUUCCCACCCUGAAGGCCUCCUGCCAAGUAAGCUGAGCCUGGACUGUGGGGGCCAGGCGCACCCCGUCCACUUCCAAUGCAUUCACUGCCCUUCAGGCCUUGGGGCCAUUUGCCAUUUGCCAGAUGGGAUCUCCGGUCCCUCGGGCUAUACAGACACGCGUUGCAUAGUCAUGAUGGAAAAUAAAGCAUUUCGGGUCGAGUUUGA